ACACGUCACUAUUUCUUAAUUCGACAUCAAGCAAAAUGAAAUACCUGUUCUCGGUGGUUGUUGCUGUGUUCGUUGGAUGUGCUGUUGCUGAAAAUUGCGUUCACAAACGUGUUACAUACAACAAAGGAGACCUUAUUCCGUUCAACGAUUGCAACAAUUGCCUCUGUGUUGGGCCUAAUAUACAAUGUGAUUUAAAGCCGUGCAAGGAAAUACCGGAAGACAAAUGUGAACUCAAUGGAAAGAAAUACAAGAAAGGAUCCCAAGUACAGUUCAACGAGUGCAACCAGUGCCACUGUGUUGGGCCUAAUCUAAAAUGUGACAUAAAGCCGUGCACUCCAAAACCUGAGGUCACGUGUCAACACAAUGGACAGAUAUACAAGACCGGCCCUGUACCGUCCGACGAUUGCCACAAAUGUUCUUGUCAGGAGGGGAAAGUAGGUUGCCUGCGUGUAUCGUGCCCGCAAAUACCCGACCCGGGUUGUGAGCACAAUGGAGUGAUAUAUAAGGAAGGGGAGAGCUUUAUGAACAAAUGCAACGUAUGUUGGUGUAACGGAAUUUAUGCUAUGUGUACUCUAAAGUUUUGUUUUGAAGACACCAAAGACUCAAAGUACCAGAUGUUGUUUGAAAAGUAACUAGCGAAUUGAACAUGCAAUAAAA